AAAGAAAAAUGGCCGCGACUGUCAGCGGACGUUUAUUGUUGCGAAAAUUAAGAAUUUGCAGUCGGAACAUUUGUAGUGAGACGCGUGUUGUUUCACAGCGAACGCUGACAUUCUUUUCAGCGCACCAGGAUGCGAGUCAUGGUGCAGACAGGAGGAGCGGAGCCGCCGCUGGCAACGAGAGUUCAGCAGCGGCAGCGGCGGCGGGAGAAGCCUGGUCUGGCGGCUGGGGGCAGUGGGGCCGCGGCUCGAGCCGAACCCGUCUGCUGAGAACUGCUGUGGCCCUCGGGCUGGGCUUCGGGGGGGCCGCCUUUCUUAAAUCCUGCUGGGAUGAAGAAGCCGGCCGUGUUUUUGAACUUUUUCCGGGAUUUUUUCCUACGGCGGAGUGUGCCGCUCCCUUCAAACCCGACAGCCCGCGAUACAGAUACAACUUCAUCGCAGACGUGGUGGAGAAGUCGGCGCCGGCCGUCGUCUAUAUCGAAAUAAUGGGCCGGCAUCCGUUUUCUGGGAGAGAGGUCCCAAUCUCAAAUGGCUCGGGCUUCAUCGUCAACAGCGAUGGGCUCAUCGUGACCAAUGCCCACGUGGUGGCCAACAAGCGAGGAGUAAGAGUAAAGCUCACCAAUGGGGAUAUUUACAACGCCACAGUUCAAGAUGUCGACCAGGUGGCGGACAUCGCCACCAUUAAAAUCAACGCUCAGCAUCCCCUACCCACUCUGCCCUUGGGGAAGUCUUCUGAGGUGCGGCAGGGUGAGUUUGUGGUUGCCAUGGGAAGCCCCUUUGCCUUGCGCAACACCAUAACAUCAGGCAUCGUGAGCUCGGCACAGAGAGGCAGCCAGGAGCUGGGCUUGUCCAACUCCGACAUGGAAUACAUCCAGACUGAUGCCACCAUCAAUUUUGGGAAUUCUGGAGGGCCUUUAAUUAACUUGGAUGGUGAGGUCAUUGGAAUCAAUACCAUGAAGGUGACAUCAGGCAUCUCUUUUGCCAUACCGUCAGAUCGCCUCAAGCUCUUCCUCAGCAGUGCCACAGACAAGAAGAAAUCUUGGUUUGGUGAAACGGCGACAAAGCAGCGGUACAUUGGAGUGAUGAUGCUAACGCUGACACCAAGUAUCAUUAAACAGCUGAGGAUGCGGGACCCCACCUUUCCAGAUGUGACCCAUGGGGUCCUCAUUCACCGCAUCAUCAUUGGCUCUCCAGCCAGUCUGGCAGGCCUAAAGCCCGGUGACAUUGUGCUGGAGAUCAAUGGCAGUGUUGUGAAGACAACAGAGGAGAUCUAUAAUGCAGUUCGCAGCAGCAACAGCCUCAACAUGGUUGUGCGGCGGGGUGCUGACCUACUCAUGCUGCAUGUUGCCCCAGAGUUUGCAGAGUGACCGCACGCCACCCAAGGGAACACCAGCACAUGCUCCUGCUGUGUGGCGCAAUGGGGUCCUAGGUCUACAGAGACUGCUUCCCUUGGGUUUUGUUAGCUGUGCUCUAACUGAAAUCCCUUGAGCAGUUGCUGCAGGUGCUGAGGAGCCCCGAUGCAGAUGCUCCCUUUUUUCCCCCCCCGAAGUGUACCACUUGCGCCUUGAGUUCAGCAUUUGGCACAGGUAUUUAUGGACAUUGCUUAAAUGGAUUUGUGUCACAUGUGUACUGUGAAGAAGCAGCUAUGUAAAUGUAUUCUAGUGUACUAUAUGUUCCCCUGUGUUCAAACAUAAGGGCUGGACAGAAGUGCUGUAAAAAGGGUACAAAGCAGAAUUCCACACAAAUCAGUGCAACAGGCUUUGCGUUGGAGUGACUGGGAGCAUUAUUCUAUGAUAAAAUGCCUAAGCUCCCACUUGUUUUAAGACUAAUUUAGAAUACAGAUAUGGAUCCAAGAAUUAGGAAAUAUUGAAUAUAUGUUUAGUGAAAGGGAUAUUUUAAUUCAAAAUGUCCAAGCUUUGUGGAAUAUUUCUUGAGGCAUAGAACUACUGGAGCGUUUUCGUUAACAAUUGUUCCACCAUUUAAUCAGACUUUUUGCGGAUACCACUAAUUUUUUUAACUUAAUUUGUAAUUUUCUGUAUUUUUUUGGGGAGAAAAGCAUUCUGUUUUGCUGGUCUGAAUGCAAAUUGCAGGAGCUUUUUGCAUUGAGCAUGGUAUUUCAAAUAUUUGAAUGCCAUUGAGUAUAUAAAUGAAUUUAAAAACUACAUUUUGAUAAUUAAAAGCAAGUCCAAAAUUAAAUGUUUCUUACCUCAAACUUUGAGGGAAGAGAAGUCAAGACUACUUCAUUUUUGCUGGAAUGAGUCUUACUCCAGAAGUAUGUAGCCCUGUGUGUGCUACUCUGCAAUAGACUGGCAUCCUGUCCAGAGUGUAAUCCCCUAGGUUUGCGCUCAAUGAGUCCGAGAUAGUCUGGGUGGCAGUGGUCCGGAGCCUAGGACAAGCAGUUAGCAAAAAUGUGUGAGCGUUUACAGAUCCUAGCCUGUGAAUAAAUUGUCUGUAUUGUGGUUGGAGUUACAAAGAGACUUCCAUUCACAAUGGUUUGUAAGCUGAGUACACAAACACACACCUGAAACCGCUUGUCCCAAGUGGGGUCACGGCAAACCAGCGCCUAAG